AUGACUGAGGCAGAACUGCCACCUUCCACCUUCCACCUUCCACCACAAGUCUCAGGUUGUCCAUUCAGACUGGGUGUGGUUUACAAUGUGACUCAACAAGCUCCAGCCUCUCCUCUUUUGCAUUCACAGAAGCAUCAAAUUGCAUUGGAAUGCGAAUCAACUCCGUUUCCAUUUUGCAGCCUUCAGUCUAUCCGCCCCGGCUCCCGUCUUUUCCGCAGUAUGCGGAGUACAGUACCCAACUCUCAAAAACGGAUCAUGCCAUGCUUGUAA